AUGCGCUACCGGAGCAUUUGGUACUUUGUGCGGUGGAAGGGCUACGAUUCGUCGCACGACCAGUGGGUUAAGCACUCUGAUAUCUUCGCAGAGGACGCUAUAGCGGCAUUCUACCGCAAACACCCCAACAAGCCACGCAUCAUUGCCGCCGCCAUCUUCGACUCCCUUCCGUUCCAGCACCCCUCUGCCACCAUCCGCACGUUGCGUCGAGGCGCCGCAAUCCAAGGGGGGGGUGAUGUCAGGGGAACCCCCGCUUCGGACCGCUCUGCCUUCGAUCAGGCAUGUGAUCGCGCUCGCGUGACCUGUCAGCUGUCACGCGCCGCGGCCCGGACUGCCACGCCAAGCGCUUCUCUCUGCUGGGCACAUGGUCAGCUGUCCCAUCAUUCCCACUGUCUCGGUUUCCUAUUGUUCUCCAAUGGCCAUUGUGCUUAUUGUUCCCAUUGUUCUUUGUUUGUCGCUGCACGCUCUAUUGUUCUUGUAUCAUAUAAAUAG